AUGACAAUAUCCAGCUUUCCGGAGGAGAAAAGUCUCCGCAAUUCACGCCGACUGGAGAAAAGGAAUCGAUGCAGCGAGGUUCAGAUUUGCAGACACAAGACCUACAGUCAGCGGAAUCAACGGAGUUCAAUGAUGUUGAAAUGUCCUCUGAAAGUAAUGAUACAGAACAAACAGUGGAGGAGGGAGAAGCAAAUGACAAGAGUGGCGGAACAACGUCCUCAGUGGCUGUAUCAUCGGAUAUGGAUCCGACCACCGAAACAGUUGACGGUGAGCACCAAGUGCAACAAAGCGUUGAGCUUUCCUCUGAAAACAACGAAGUGCGGUCCACUGGAACCGGAACUACUGGCACGGAGCGAAACCUCAGCCUCGAGGCGAGGGACGGAAAUUCCGAGAGAACAAUGGGCUCAGACAGCAGCCUCACUCCUUCAAAGAGUGACGCCGAAACCACAUCCGCGGAGAACACCGACGACGUCUCUCGGACUGAAGGAGACGAAUUUCCCGUUGAAAACGGCGAGGAGGUGCCACAGACAGUCGACACCGCAUCGGGCAAUGCGAGCACCCUGCCUGGGGAAACCGAGAUCUCAUCGAAGUCCAACGCAACAGCACCCUCGGACGCUGGCAUUUUGCUUGAGAACGGGCAUUACAGCGAGUUGGCGGGCAUGGCUCUAUUUGCUGAGAGCACCGUGCAUGGGUUUGUGUCUCGGAUGCUGUUGCCGAUGCUUCUGGGGCUGUGGGGCACUGCGGCUCUCUGUUGAAUGA